AAAAAAAAAAAAAAAGUUAAGGGUAAUAUUGCAUUGUUUGCCACUUUAUAAUGUAUCUGAAACAUUUGUUCUUUAAUCUUAAGCGUAGAGAGGUCCAAGAACUGGAAGUUUGGGCAGUGGGUUUUGAUUUCUAAGGAGGCAGUUUUACAGGCUGUGCAAGGCUAACCCUACCAAUGAGAUCACACUGGCAUAUCCGAUAUUGACAUUUGCAUGUCUUGCCUAUGGUUUACAGCUCUCACUAUUUUAGAUCUUUGGUGAAAAAUCUUUAGAUUCAGAAGAGAAAAAUAAAAGAGUCAGGCAAGCAAAAAGAGAUAACACCUCGUUUGUUUAAAAUCUUCCUACUGCCCAUCUCUUUCCAUCUGAUUGUGGCAGGCACUGUAGCCACAGGUUUGGUGUUGUGGGAUUGCAAGGGGCAGAUAUUGAAAGACCUGGCUCCUAGGCAAAACUUUGCCCCUGAAUGGCUGUGGGAUCUGAGCAGUGCCUGUAACUCCAUUGCCUUAGCUGCAGACUAAGGUGGUAGUGUAAUUUCAGGGAAGGGAAUAAGGUCAUCUUUGACUUUUAGUCCCAUCAUCAAGCAUGGUGAUUGGCCUUCAGUAGGUGGUCAGGUAGUGCUUGUUGGGUGGAUGGGUGGAUGGAUGGAUAGAUGGAUGGAUGGAUGGAUGGAUGGAUGGAUGGAUGGAUGGAUAGAUGGUAUUGUGAAAGAGACUUUUGCUGUGCCACAAAGGAAAGGUAUAUGUGUUAUUUGUAUCCUACUAUGAUUUUGCCCAAUUCCACCUGUAGAGGACGUCUGACAUCAAAAGAGAGCACCAUCUGAUCCAGAGAAUGACUCCCCCUAUGCCUUUCCCAGCAAUCAGAUUAAGAAUCCCAAUCUAAAACUAUCACCAGAAAACUCCUCAGGAGAAACCAUGGGUCAUCUAGUCCAACCUCUCUCCUUUGAGUGGGCCACAAGAAUUUAGACCACCUUAUCAAUGGUGUUAAGAGAGUCUAGACCCACACAGAAGUAGCUACCCUAAAAUCUAGGUUUCUUCUCCUCCCUCUUCCAUAGGUUUAACAUUUUUAUUAACUGGAAAGUUGCCCUGGCAAAUAAGAUGUUGCAGGAAUGGAAUUAACAAUCACUGUGAAAUUUCCUAGGGAAUGUCUUUGUGCUCUGAAAACUUCUUCAUCUUCUUGGAAAUUAGGAAGUGUGGCCAGACACCCUACUAAGGGCUAGUAAAUCACAGCUGGCUUUUUACAGUGUUCCACACUGGAGAGAUCCUACAUCAUGUUAAUUUGCAUCAUCCUGCGCUGUUGGCAUGGGUUGUAGAUGCUGGUCUUUGCCACCUUUCCUCCUUCAUUUGCCAGAGUGGCCUCCUGGUGGAAACUUCUUUCCUUGUCUACUUCUAGACUUUCAUUCCUUCUACUAGUUGAUUAUGCUUAAAGAUUUCAGGGUGAAAAGCCAGGCAGACUUGCCUCUGUGUUGGUACCUGGAGGGUGAUGAUAAAAUUUCAUUGGCAGUUGAGUUAAAAUGAUUGAGCUCCAAUAUCUGUUCUUAGAAGUAUAGAAUUUAUUGUUCUAUUAUUAUUUUGCGGUUUUUCAUUUUUUGUUUUCAUAGAGACCUAGGUCUCACCGUGUUGCCCAGGCUAGUCUCAAACUCCUGAGCUUAAGUGAUCCUCCUACCUCGAACUCCCAAAGUGCCAGGAUUAAAGGCAUGAGCCACCAUGCCUAGCCUAUUGUUAGUCUGUUUCUUAUUCUGAUAUGAAGUCCGGUGGGGAGGUUCUGAAGGAAUGCUGACUGCUCUUAAAAUUGCAAAGCAUCUUGCUGGAGAUGGACUUUUUUUAUUGAUUAGAAAACAUUCGGUUUUAACUCUUUAUAAACAUCAGAAUAAACUUCAUGAAUAAACACUUUAUAAAUACUUCUCUUUGGGGCUAAAGAGGAAACACCAACCAGCAGCCUAAGUGACAGCAUAAAAUUGCAAGAUUUUUCAUAAAGUAUUUUAGUGUCCUUCCAGCAUAGGGAGGGAGUGAUAACUCAAGGGUUUGCCCAAGAGCAGGAGUGCUUGGUGGUGGUCUGAGGGGAGGAGCUACAGACUUGUCAGGGCUACUUUGAGCCCUUAACUGGCAUCCAGUACUCCCCAUAUCCAGUGCUGUUCAGGGUGGCCUCAGAAUGAAACGGGAGCUUAAGUUGGUUUUGAGGAGCAGUACCUGUUGCUGACAGACAGGGUGUUGGAGAGCACAAUGGCUGAACAAGUCCUUCCUCAGGCUUUGUAUUUGAGCAAUAUGCGGAAAGCUGUGAAGAUACGGGAGAGAACUCCAGAAGACAUUUUUAAACCUACUAAUGGGAUCAUUCAUCAUUUUAAAACCAUGCACCGAUACACACUGGAAAUGUUCAGAACUUGCCAGUUUUGUCCUCAGUUUCGGGAGAUCAUCCACAAAGCCCUCAUCGACAGAAACAUCCAGGCUACCCUGGAAAGCCAGAAGAAACUCAACUGGUGUCGAGAAGUCCGGAAGCUUGUGGCGCUGAAAACGAACGGUGACGGCAAUUGCCUCAUGCAUGCCACUUCUCAGUACAUGUGGGGUGUUCAGGACACAGACUUGGUACUGAGGAAGGUGCUGUUCAGCACGCUCAAGGAAACAGACACACGCAACUUUAAAUUCCGCUGGCAACUGGAGUCUCUCAAAUCUCAGGAAUUUGUUGAAACGGGGCUUUGCUAUGAUACUCGGAACUGGAAUGAUGAAUGGGACAAUCUUAUCAAAAUGGCUUCCACAGACACACCCAUGGCCCGAAGUGGACUUCAGUACAACUCACUGGAAGAAAUACACAUAUUUGUCCUUUGCAACAUCCUCAGAAGGCCAAUCAUUGUCAUUUCAGACAAAAUGCUAAGAAGUUUGGAAUCAGGUUCCAAUUUCGCCCCUUUGAAAGUGGGUGGAAUUUACUUGCCUCUCCAUUGGCCUGCCCAGGAAUGCUACAGAUACCCCAUUGUUCUCGGCUAUGACAGCCAUCAUUUUGUACCCUUGGUGACCCUGAAGGACAGUGGGCCUGAAAUCCGAGCUGUUCCACUUGUUAACAGAGACCGAGGAAGAUUUGAAGACUUAAAAGUUCACUUUUUGACAGAUCCUGAAAAUGAGAUGAAGGAGAAGCUCUUAAAAGAGUACUUAAUGGUGAUAGAAAUCCCCGUCCAAGGCUGGGACCAUGGCACAACUCAUCUCAUCAAUGCCGCAAAGUUGGAUGAAGCUAACUUACCAAAAGAAAUCAAUCUGGUAGAUGAUUACUUUGAACUUGUUCAGCAUGAGUACAAGAAAUGGCAGGAAAACAGCGAGCAGGGGAGGAGAGAGGGGCACGCCCAGAAUCCCAUGGAACCUUCCCUGCCCCAGCUUUCUCUCAUGGAUGUAAAAUGUGAAACGCCCAACUGCCCCUUCUUCAUGUCUGUGAACACCCAGCCUUUAUGCCAUGAGUGCUCGGAGAGGCGGCAAAAGAAUCAAAACAAACUCCCAAAGCUGAACUCCAAGCCGGGCCCUGAGGGGCUCCCUGGCAUGGCGCUCGGGGCCUCUCGGGGAGAAGCCUAUGAGCCCUUGGCGUGGAACCCCGAGGAGUCCACUGGGGGGCCUCAUUCGGCCCCACCGACAGCACCCAGCCCUUUUCUGUUCAGUGAGACCACUGCCAUGAAGUGCAGGAGCCCCGGCUGCCCCUUCACACUGAAUGUGCAGCACAACGGAUUUUGUGAACGUUGCCACAACGCCCGGCAACUUCACGCCAGCCACGCCCCAGACCACACAAGGCACUUGCAUCCCGGGAAGUGCCAAGCCUGCCUCCAGGAUGUCACCAGGACAUUUAAUGGGAUCUGCAGUACUUGCUUCAAAAGGACUACAGCAGAGGCCACCUCCAGCCUCAGCACCAGCCUCCCUCCUUCCUGUCACCAGCGUUCCAAGUCAGAUCCCUCGCAGCUCAUCCGGAGCCCCUCCCCGCAUUCUUGCCACAGAGCUGGAAACGACGCCCCUGCUGGCUGCCUGUCUCAAGCUGCACGGACUCCUGGGGACAGGACGGGGACGAGCAAGUGCAGAAAAGCCGGCUGCGUGUAUUUUGGGACUCCAGAAAACAAGGGCUUUUGCACACUGUGUUUCAUCGAGUACAGAGAAAACAAACAUUUUGCCGCUGCCUCAGGGAAAGUCAGUCCCACAGCGUCCAGGUUCCAGAACACCAUUCCGUGCCUGGGGAGGGAAUGCGGCACCCUUGGAAGCACCAUGUUUGAAGGAUACUGCCAGAAGUGUUUCAUUGAAGCUCAGAAUCAGAGAUUUCAUGAGGCCAAAAGGACAGAAGAGCAACUGAGAUCGAGCCAGCGCAGAGAUGUGCCUCGAACCACACAAAGCACCUCAAGGCCCAAGUGCGCCCGGGCCUCCUGCAAGAACAUCCUGGCCUGCCGCAGCGAGGAGCUCUGCAUGGAGUGCCAGCAUCCCAACCAGAGGAUGGGCCCCGGGGCCCACCGGGGUGAGCCUGCCCCCGAAGACCCCCCCAAGCAGCGCUGCCGGGCCCCCGCCUGUGAUCAUUUUGGCAAUGCCAAGUGCAACGGCUACUGCAACGAAUGCUUUCAGUUCAAGCAGAUGUAUGGCUAACCGGAAACAGGCGGGUCACCUCCUGCAAGAAGUGGGGCCUCGAGCUGUCAGUCAUCAUGGUGCUAUCCUCUGAACCCCUCAGCUGCCACUGCAACAGUGGGCUUAAGGGUGUCUGAGCAGGAGAGGAAAGAUAAGCUCUUCGUGGUGCCCACGAUGCUCAGGUUUGGUAACCCGGGAGUGUUCCCAGGUGGCCUUAGAAAGCAAAGCUUGUAACUGGCAAGGGAUGAUGUCAGAUUCAGCCCAAGGUUCCUCCUCUCCUACCAAGCAGGAGGCCAGGAACUUCUUUGGACUUGGAAGGUGUGCGGGGACUGGCCGAGGCCCCUGCACCCUGCCCAUCAGGACUGCUUCAUCGUCUUGGCUGAGAAAGGGAAAAGACACACAAGUCGGGUGGGUUGGAGAAGCCAGAGCCAUUCCACCUCCCCUCCCCCAGCAUCUCUCAGAGAUGUGAAGCCAGAUCCUCAUGGCAGCGAGGCCCUCUGCAAGAAGCUCAAGGAAGCUCAGGGAAAAUGGACGUAUUCAGAGAGUGUUUGUAGUUCAUGGUUUUUCCCUACCUGCCCGGUUCCUUUCCUGAGGACCUGGCAGAUAAUGCAGAACCAUCCAUGGACUGUGAUUCUGAGGCUGCUGAGACUGAACAUGUUCACAUUGACAGAAAAACAAGCUGCUCUUUAUAAUAUGCACCUUUUAAAAAAUUAGAAUAUUUUAGUGGGAAGACGUGUAACUCUUUGGGUUAUUACUGUCUUUACUUCUAAAGAAGUUAGCUUGAACUGAGGAGUAAAAGUGUGUACAUAUAUAAUAUACCCUUACAUUAUGUAUGAGGGAUUUUUUUAAAUUAUAUUGAAAUGCUGCCCUAGAAGUAUAAUAGGAAGACUAAAUAAUAAUAACCUGUUUUCUGGUUGUUGUUGGGGCAUGAGCUUGUGUAUACACUGCUUGCAUAAACUCAACCAGCUGCCUUUUUAAAGGGAGCUCUAGUCCUUUUUGUGUAAUUCACUUUAUUUAUUACAAACUUCAAGAUUAUUUAAGUGAAGAUAUUUCUUCAGCUCUUGGGAAAAUGCCACAGUGUUCUCCUGAGAGAACAUCCUUGCUUUGAGUCAGGUUGUGGGCAAGUUCCUGACCACAGGGAGUAAAUUGGCCUCUUUGAUACACUUUUGCUUGCCUCCCCAGGAAAGAAGGAAUUGCAUCCAAGGUAUACAUACAUAUUCAUCGAUGUUUCAUGCUUCUCCUUAUGAAACUCCAGCUAUGUAAUAAAAAACUAUACUCUGUGUUCUGUUAAUGCCUCUGAGUGUCCUACCUCCUUGGAGAUGAGAUAGGGAAGGAACAGGGAUGAGACUGGCGAUGGUCACAGGGAAAGAUGUGGCCUUUUGUGAUGGUUUUAUUUUCUGUUAACACUGUGUCCUGGGGGGGCUGGGAAGUCCCCUGCAUGCCAUGGUACCCUGGUAUUGGGACAGCAAAAGCCAGUAACCAUGAGUAUGAGGAAAUCUCUUUCUGUUGCUGGCUUACAGUUUCUCUGUGUGCUUUGUGGUUGCUGUCAUAUUUGCUCUAGAAAAAAAAAAAAAGGAGGGGAAAUGCAUUUUCCCCAGAGAUAAAGGCUGCCAUUUUGGGGGUCUGUACUUAUGGCCUGAAAAUAUUUGUGAUCCAUAACUCUAUACAGCCUUUACUCAAACUAUUAGGCACACUUUCCCCUUAGAGCUCGCUAAGUUUUUCCCAGACAAAUCUUUAUAAUUUCUUUCCAAAGAUACCAAAUAAACUUCAGUGUUUUCAUCUAAUUCUCUUAAAGUUGAUAUCUUAAUAUUUUGUGUUGAUCAUUAUUUCCAUUCUUAAUGUGAAAAAAAUGUAAUUAUUUAUACUUAUUAUAAAAAGUAUUUGAAAUUUGCACAUUUAAUUGUCCCUAAUAGAAAACCACCUAUUCUUUGUUGGAUUUCUUCAAGUUUUUCUAAAUAAAUGUAACUUUUCACAAGAGUCAACAUUAAAAAAUAAAUUAUUUAAGAACA